GAUACAGUGGCUUGUACACUUUCCAUAACUGAUGAAAUGCUUGUUUGCAUUUUUUUCUACAUGGUAAUAUUUACACAUGAAUGUGUAUAAUAAAAGCAUCUCCCCAUCAGGUGAUAACCUCAUCAUUUGAUUAUACAAAUGACUAUGGCUGUAAGAUCUAUAAAAUGUAAGUAUUUAGGUUGGUAGGUUACUUUAUAUUCAACCUUACAAAACUCCACUUCAUAAAUGAAACAAAUAUUCCUAAAACCUGCUAAACUAAUCCUGUUCAGUAAGAGACUCAUGGCUUUUAUCUGUCUUCCAAUAAGAUCGUGGCUAAACUGGAGACUACAGGCUAAACCGUGGACAGCCACUCUCACCUGCCUCAUCACCAACUUCUUUCUGAAUUCUGUGUUACUAAGAUCUGUGGAGGCAUUAAACUGUUCUCAGCCAACAACAAAAUCUCUCCUUCAAGCAAUGAAAGAGGAAGUCAUGAGCUACAGUGAAGCAAGACCGGUUAUCAACCUACAAACUCCUACCAAUGUCACUGUAGACAUGACUCUCUAUGGGAUUUUAGGAGUGAAUGAAAAAUUACAGGUGUUGGAAACAUAUCUGUGGGUGAGGCUGACUUGGCAUAUUGAAGGUUUAAGCUGGGAUCCUGCUGAAUGCGGAGCAAAUAAAAUCUCACUACCACGAGAGACAGUAUGGAUUCCAGACAUUGUCAUCAAUGAAUUCAUGGAUGAAAACAGAGCACCAGAAACAUACUACGUGUACGUUAAGUCCAAUGGUGAGGUGAGGGACGGCAAGCCAUUUCAUGUGAUCAGCUCCUGUAAGCUGGACAUCUACAACUUUCCUUUCGAUAUUCAGAACUGCUCGUACACUUUCAACUCUUACAAACACAAUGUUCAGGAUGUUCGGUUGUCCUUCUUUAAACCCGUGAAGCAAGUAUUCCAGGAGUCUUUGGAAGUCAUGGCGACCCAAGGAGAGUGGGAGCUAAUUGACAUGCUGGGAGAAAAACCCGAACACAGUUAUGAAGAAGGAGGAUGGGAUGAACUUAUUGUACAUAUUGUGUUGAGACGUCGAGCUGCGCUGUAUGUGGUGAACCUCUUGAUUCCUAGCUGCUUUCUGCUUUCUGUGGAUCUGUUCAGCUUCUUACUGCCUCCUCAGCAUGUGGAUCGAUCGUCCUUCAAAAUGACGCUCAUCUUGGGUUACACCGUAUUCCUGCUGUUAAUGAAUGACCUCCUGCCUGUCACAGGAAACACCUUACCUCUCAUAAAUGUAUUCUUCUCUCUCUGCUUGGCCUUGAUGGUGACAAGUCUCCUUGAAACGGUUCUCAUCACUAAUAUCCUGUGCGAUUCCAACCGUUAUCCACCAUUACCAAAAUGGAUCAAGAUUCUGGUGCUUAAGUAUCUUGCUCGACUUCUGUUUAUGGAGCAGAAAGCUUGCGAUCAAAACUCAGAAGCAAACAGAUCUAAGAUUCUUGUCGACAGUAACAGCAUGACUGAAUACUCAAAGAAAGAAUCAGUUUGUUCAUCCCCAGUGAGUUUCCAGGGACGGUGUCUAGAAGAGAUGCAGAAGCUGAGGAAAGAUCUGCUGGCUAUCCGCCGUCAGGUCGAAGAACACUUCAGUAAUGACAACAGGACAGAUGAAUGGAUCAUGUUUGGUCAGGUCAUUGAUCGUCUGCUCUUCAUACUGUAUUUUAUUUUUAUCAUUGUGAGCUCAAUCACAAUUAUGGUUCUGUGGUUAAACUCAUCCCGUCUAGACAAAAACCCUUAG